GACGCGGGCAGGUCUGCUUGCUUCAGUCACGUGACACGUAACGUAGUAACCGGUAAGCUUCCGGUGGCGCGGAAGCAUUUUCUUUUCGCAGUGGUAAUUGUCAGACUAGUUAUAAUUACUGGGACAGUUUUGACGCAGCAAAAUGCCGGGAAAACAGCAGUUCAAACCAGGCGACCUCGUGUUCGCCAAAAUGAAGGGCUACCCUCACUGGCCUGCCAGGGUCUGUAAAUUGGAUGAGCCACACAAGAAGAGACUUGGCGUCUUCUUUUUCGGGACCCAUCAGAUAGGACAACUCCUGCCGGAAAAUCUGGUCCCAUUCUCUGGGAAUAAGUCGAAGUACGGCACCGGCGUUCGACUCAGAGGCUUCUCCGAGGGCAUGUGGGAGAUCCAGAACACACCCGGAGUCGGCAAGAAAUCCACAUUUGCAGCUAAAGGUCCACCUGCGAAACCAGUCGCCACUUCGAAAACAACCUGCGCAGCCGCAAUACCGCCUGCCGCAGUCAAAAGCUCGCCCGGAGGCGACGAUGCGAACGGCGCUGCUGUGAAAACGUCUUCGGAGGCGGCUAGCCUCGCCGGCAGCACCUUGCUCCUGAAGGAGUGUGUGGUCAAAUGCGGCCCGGCCAAGACUCUGCACGAUCACCUGAGCGGCGCCAACGAGUUGGCGGGCCAGCCGGCGAGCUCUGUGACCGCAUCCGACAGCGGGACGAAAAGUGAGCUGGUGGCAAAAACUCUGAGAAGAUCUUCGUUCAGGUCACCCGCGCAAGUGCAACUGGAGGAAAAGAAAAUAGAUACUCAAACCCGACAGGAAGCCUCCACGGUCACAGGCGGCGCGGCGGGACAGACGCCAGGAUCGACGCCACGGGGUCGAGGAUGGCCGCAGAGACGAGGACGGCCGAGGAACAUCCCGGCGGAAACCAAGAGCGACGUACUGCAGGCCAAAGAAAGCCAGACGGCGCCGAGCGGCGGCGCGCAUGUGACCGCUAGCACGCUGCGACUGAAGCCCUGCGUGGUCAAAUGCAUCCCCGCAAAGACCCCGGACACUCGCAAGUCGGCCAGCGAGCCGGCCAGACCGUCUGCACCGACUCCGGCGGCCGACCCCGCAACUGCACAGGAAGCUUCGGCGCCCGUGGUGAAGAGGAAGCCGGGACGGCCGAGGAAAAUCUGGAAAGAGAAGAGCCAGGUUGAAGUUGAGCCAUCGAAAAGGACACACGAGUCGCCGUCUCCCGCCAGCGCAAACACGCCAGACGACUCCCACGGCGCCGCGCCCGCUCCCAAAAUGUCCGAUCAGGCCCAACUUGCCGCCGCGCAAACAUCCGGCAUCGAAGAUGAGCGGGACGCCGAGAUGGAGAAGUUGACACCUGGCCGCCGAGGAGGGAAGAGGAAGAAAAGAGAGGAGGCGGAGCAGGAAGGAGGCGAGAAAGGAAGGACGAAGACGACGGUGGAGGCGUCGACAGCGCGCAGAGGAGGGAAGAAAAUGAGGGUCGACGGGGAAAAGCGGGAAGGAGACGAGAAGGGAAAGGCGGAGGCGGCGACCGAGGAGUCCACGUUAAGCCGAGGAGGGAAGCGGAAGAGAAAGGAGACCAAGCAGGAAGCUGAGCUUGAAAAGAUGCUACCGAGCCGAGAAGGAAAGAAAAAAGUCGGGGGAAAGGAGGAGACCAAGCAGAAGAGCGACAAAGAAGAGGAGAUGAUGGAGGCGGCGGAGGAGACGACGACGGCAGAGGAGACGACGACGACGACGACGGCGGAGGAGCCGACACCGAGCCGGAGAAAAAGAGAUGACGCCCAGCAAGAAAAGAUUGAGGCCAUCGCGGAGGAGACGUCGCCUAGCCAAGGAGACCAGGCAAAGGCCAAAGAAGGAAAAAAGGAGCAGACCAAACAGGAAGGAAAGACAGAGGCCAUGCCGGCGCUACCUAGCCGAGGAGGAAAGAGGAAGGAGGAGACGGAGCAGAAGAGAAGCGCAGACGCAAGAACGGAGGCCACGGCCGAGGAAGCGUCUGGCCGCGAAGGGAAGACAAAACGUAAAGCGAGGGAAGACACCAAGCAGAUGGGAGGCGAGGAAGGAAAGGCGGUGUUGACCCCGCACGAGACGGCGCCUCGCCCAGACGAGAAGUCAAAGACAAAAGAAGCCAGAAAGGAGGAGGCCAAGCGAGGAGGAGGAGGAGGAGACAGGCUGGCAAAGACGCAGGGUGAUCCGCCACCCAGCCAAGAAGACGGGACACAAACAAACCAAAGGGAGGGGAACAAGCGGUCAGGAGACGAGGAAGCAAAGACCGGGGCGACGGCCGAGGACUCCACGCUCGGCUCAGAAGAGAAGACAAGUGAAGGCAAAAAGGAAGAGACCAAGCAGGUAGGAGACGAGGAAGGAAAGGCAACGGCGGAGGAGGGCUCGACACUCGGAGAGAAGACAAAAGAAGGGGGAAAGGAACGGAACGAGAGCUUAGGAGAUGAGGAAGGACAGACAGCGGCGCAGGGCUCCACACUUGGGGAGAAGACAGAAGAAGGGGGAAAGGAAGAGACCGAGCAGUCGGAUGGAAAACCGCAAGGGACCGCAGGUGAGUCAACGGCCAGCCCACAAGGCCACCAAAGCGACCAGACCGAGCAGUUAGGAGACGAGGAAGGAAGGACAAAGGCCACGACGGAAGAGUCCAUGCCUGGCCGAGACGGGAGGACCAAAAGAAAAGAACGGGACGAGGCCAAGCACACCAAGGUGACCACUGACGAGUUCAGGCCUAGCCGAGGAGACCAGGCGAAGGCAAAAGAAGGGAAAAAGGAGGAGAGCAAGGAAGGAAAGACAAAGGCGAGGACAGAGGAGUCAAGAUCCAGCCACGGAGAAGGCGAAAAAGAGGAGACCAAGCCCACGGGAGGCAAAGAAGGAAAGACCGAGAGGACCACGGCGGAGGAGUCCACGUUGAGCCGAGAAGGAAAGAUGAAGACAAAAGGAUGCAAAGAGGAGGAGAGCAAGCCGGUGGGAGCCCGGGAAGGAAAGACAAAGGUGGCUCCGGAGGAGUCCGCCCUUUGCCCAGGAGAGAAGGCAAAGGCAAAAGAUGUGGCCAAGCAGACGCCAGGAAAGGAAGCCGAGACCGCAGAGGAGUCCACGGUGAGCCGAAGAGGAGGCCAGAAGGAUGACGACAAGCAGGCGGGAGGCCAGGAAGGAAAGACAAAGGCGACCGCGGAGGAGGGGAGCCGAGGAGAGAAGAGGAAACGAAAAGAAGGCCAAAGGGAGAAGACCAAACAGGAGGGAGGCCAGAAAGCCAAGCCGGAGUCGCCGGCAGAGGAGUCCACGCCCGGCCCAGGAGGAGGGAAGAGGCAGAGAAGACAAGUUGAAAAAGACCAGAGCAAGCGCCCAGGACACCAGGGAGGCAAGCCCGAGGUCACGGCGGCGGCGGCGGCAGGGAAAAGCAGGCCGCCCGAGGAGCGACGCAGGAAGGUGACCAGAGCCGACGCCCGGCGAGACGCCCGGCAGGGAGCCGAUCGAGAGAACUGCAAAAGCCAGAGCGAGCCCAGGGUGGACCAGGAAACCAGAGGAGAGAAGAAGAGCAGGUCGAGGAAAGCGGCCGCGGCCAUGGAGCAAAGCGACACCGCGGAAGAAGAGCAGCAGCGGCGGCGGCGGAGGCUGGCGGCCAAGCGGGAGAGCGUCCUCAAGUCGCUGCGAGGUCUGCUCAAGGCCAGCAGGGGCGGCAAGCGCAGGGACACCGGCACCAAGAGCUUCACGAAGGCCUCCAUCCGAGCCAAGCGGCCGCGGGGCCACACGCUCAAAGAAUCCAACGCCAGAAAGAAGACGACGCAGCCGCCGGCGACGGCGAGUCCACCCGUCACGGAAAAUACAAACGCCACGGCCAAACAAAGCGACGGCAAAGUCAAAGACAGUCGGCCGGCGUCGGAGGACGAGCUCCAGAAGAAAGAUGGCAAGAAGUUGAUUGGCAAAAUUGUGAAAGCAACCACCAAGGUUCAGGUGAAGACCAUGAUGGGCGGAGCCACGGUGGCGCCGCCGGCGGCGGAGGAGGAGAAGGCGGCGGCCGCAAACACCGAGAGGACGGCGGACCUAAGCGACGAAGAGGAGAGGAAGCCGCACCGAGUCUCGGCGGAGGACGAGAAAGCCGCCACCAAGCGCGGCGACGAAAAGGACGACGCCGUCGCAAAGGCUGCGGGCAAGAGGCAACGCCAUGAGCCGCCGCCGCCGCACAAGGACGCCAAGCAGCAAGGUGGCGGCAGGAGCCGCAAAGCCAACGUCCACGACGAUCAGCGUUGCGACUCCGGAGAGAAUCACCAGCAGGACAAGAACAACGUGAACUUGACGCCCACCGAUUCCACCCUGCACAGAAUCCACGGAGACAUCCGCAUCUCGCUCAAAAGCGACAACCCGGAUGUUGCCAAGUGUCUGGCGGCGUUGGAUCAGCUCAGCGGCGUCUACGUAACGUCACAGCACGUCCACAGACACAGCGAGCUCAUCUCCACUCUCAGGAAGAUGCGCUUCUACCGCGCCAACCAGGACAUCAUGGACAAGGCGGCCAUGUUGUACAACCGCUUCAAGAACGCCUUCCUCCUCGGCGAGGGCGAGGAGGUUGUGAGCGCCGCCUUCCUGCGCUCGCUGCUGAAGGAGAAGGAACGCGAGGAGGCGCAGCGCUGCAAGAAGGAAAAGGCGGCGGGAGGCGAGAAGGACCACGUCCAGGGAUGCCAGGCGCCUUCAGCGGACUAGCUCCUGGCGGACGGGACCGACCCACGUCCGCCCGAUUCCCACGGAAACCUCGCUCCAAGGCAAAACGAGAUGUUGCUCUUGAUCGGACGUUUGUAUCGAUUCACCUUAGCCGCCGCACUCUGUUUCCGUUGGCGCUUGAAGCUAAAGCGCCACGUUUGUCUGGAAGCCAUUUUACUUUUCGCCCCGUCCGUCCGUCUCUGCAGCGCGUUGUACGGGAAGCCGGAAUGACACCGUUCAAUUGAAUGUAGUUGUAAAAAAAAAUGGUUGAUGAGGAAAAAAAAAGUCUUGACCGCUUUUUUUGCCCGGUUUUGCUUAGGUUGACGAAAUCAGCCGUUUGCCUCGAUUCUUAACGAUGCAUUUCAGCCGUGAUCGCAGACGAGAGCGCAAUACCACCCAUGUCCGCAAGACGGCGCCACCCGAUCGAACGCGGGAAUGGAGCCCGACGCCUCGUGUGGUCCAGGCCAGGCCAGGGGAGGGGAGGGAAGGGGAGAUCAUGGAAGAGAGCAGCGAUAUCAAGUCGAGUUGAUUUGUAUAGCCCAAAAUCACAAGCAGUCUCAAAGGGCUUCUUCACAUAGACAAAAAUGGAAAUUAUUCUCAAAGCGUCACUUUUCCUUCACAGUGGCCCGCAAAUCAAUCGUAGCACACCGAGCACAAAAGCACGUUUGAAAUGUUGAAAGAAGCAUAAGACGUGUGUGUGUGUGGGGGGGGGGGAGCAUCUCUUCUGUGAGAGAGGGAGUUAUCUUCUGCUUUCCUUCUCUGCCCGUUUGACUGAAAGAGCUUUGCUAACGCCAGCGAGCCAUUUAGCCACAGAUGCACGUAUUCAGCCAUGUGGGAAACGGACAGAGAAGUCGACAGACGGAACGAUUACGAAAAUCCAAAACAUUUGGAAUGAAAAUAAAGCCUUUGAUGGCUCGCCUGCUGAUUUCGAGUGUGCUUAUGUCGGUGGCGAGGAGAUGGACCGGCGGUGUGUUCAACAUCCCAAAAUGUUGCGAGUGUGCAUCCAAGUGCUCGCCAUGCAUCUGUCAGCGGCCGAGAGCGAGAGAGAGCGGCAGCUGUCACUUGAGUGCAAUUGCAAAUCGGUGGCGGCCUCCAAAGUUCUCAUUUCCAUGAACAACUAAAGCAAACAAAUUGUGUGUGUGUAAUGAUCCCUCCCGGACGAAUUCCUCAAUGACUCCUGCGGCAACCAUGAGAGUGGAUAUUUGCCAACAACAGUCAUGAAGAUGAUGCAACAUUGGCCUGCAGAAGCCUCGGAGGUGGUUGGAGGUGCUUGACCGGGGGGCGGAUGUGGCUCUUUGCGGUACACAGUAAAAAAAUGUGGCUCUUAGUCUCUAACUGGUUUUGCCACCCUUGCUCUAGGCCAGUGUUUCCAAACCUUUCUUCAUUCACGGCACACCUUUUCAUUGAAAAAAUCUCGAGGCACACCGCCAACAAAAAUCUCUUAAGCUCCUAUAUUAGAAUCCGUGACAUCACAACGAAAGACGUAAAGUCCUAUUCCUAUCUAUGUAUGAAGUCGCAUAAUUGAAUCAAAAGAAAGACUAAAUAUUCUUUGAAUUGUAUUUCUUUUUUUUUAAACAAAAGCCAGUUCUUGUAAAAAUGUUUUAGACAGUGUAAGGCAUAAACUAUUGAAAGUGAUUACGAUUAAAAUCCAAAAGAAUCAA